GGGGCUUGAGCAGGUUUGGGCGGCUCGGCAGGAGAUGGAAGAUGCAAGAGAUCAUUGCUGGGCUAGAGCAGUUCACCUUCACCUUCGAGAAGGAUGUAGAGAUGCAAAAGGGCACUGGACUCCUGCCUUUCCAGGGCAUGGACAAGUCGGGCUCAGCUGUGUGCAACUUUUUCGCUAAAGGGCUCUGUGAGAAAGGGAAGCUCUGUCCCCUCCGGCACAACCGAGGGGAGAAGAUGGUGGUGUGUAAGCACUGGCUGCGGGGACUGUGUAAGAAGGGCGACCAGUGCAACUUCUUGCACCAGUACGAUGUCACCAGGAUGCCCGAGUGCUACUUCUACUCCAAGUUCGGUGAUUGCAACAACAAGGAAUGUCCCUUUCUCCACGUGAAGCCAGCUUUCAAGACCCGGGACUGUCCUUGGUAUGACCAAGGUUUCUGCAAGGAUGCAGGUCCCCUGUGCAAACACCGCCAUGUCCGUAAGAUCAUGUGCGCUAACUACUUUGUGGGCUUCUGCCCCGAGGGACCCAGGUGCCAAUUUGCACAUCCCAAGAUGAAUCUUUUAUUCAACCCGAGUUUCACGAAGCAGCUUGUCAACUGGCCACGGGGUUCAGCCCCUCCUGCUCGUGCCUGGGAGCCUCGCAGGCCCCCUUCCCCGCCGGAGGGACCGCUUCUCCCCGCUCAGAGGCCCCAGCAGCACCUGGUCUCCUACCACCUGGGACUCAGGGCGCCAGAGCCCGGCCCGUGCUACAGGUGUCGAAAACCGGGCCAUUAUGCCAGCAAGUGUAGAAAGACUCCAACAGCCUUGCUGUAACCAUCGGGGCUAAAGUAAGAGAAACUUCUCCAAAUGCUUGGAACCAGCAACAAAACCCAACAGUCAAUGACUCCAGCUCACCUUUCUGGACAGCUCCCAAGAGCCUCAUCAGAGACAAGCUGGAGGGCGUAAGUCUGGUCGGGGGUCCCAAACUCCUGAGAGCAGUCGAGCUUCUUUCCAACAAAGGAACUACGGUUCCAAACAGAAGUCACUGUCACAGUUCAUCUAGAUUUGGUCUCUUUCCCGAUCCUCAGUGCCCGGGGUUCCCAGGGCCAGGCUGAGGGGAGGGUCUCUAAACAGCCGGAUUACUGUGUACGGGGCUGCAGUGAACUAAGUGCUGAAAGUCAAGGCGGUUUAUUCCCCGAAAGAGGUUCUGCAAAAGGCUGAGGGAGCCCCUGGGGAUCAGGAUCUAGCUACCUUUUUGGUCCGAUGAAUACACCCUGCAGCCCUUCCAUGUGCAUGUGCUUAAUGAAAUGAACUGUCUACGUUUUCUACCACUUGCAAUGUUUUAGCAGAAGGCAGGACUUUCUACCAUGAUACUAACCACUGCUACUCCUCACUAUAUCUACUAGGGUCAACACGUGUGCUCUAUCACCCCACUGCUAACAGCAAACAGUUCUGUUCAACAUGUGAAUAACUCACGUAAAACCAGAAAGGAGGGUUUAUGCUCUCCAUUUACAUCUUUCCUGCACCUGUUUUUCUGUUUAAAGAUAGGCAGGGAAUCUCUACUAUUGCUGGUUCUCUGCUCUUGGUUUGGCUCAGUGGGAGAAAGGGUAAACAAGGGAAUAUUUACAACAAGUUUAGCAGAUGUGGUAAAAGUUGCUGCGGAGGUAAACAUACUAACCAAAUGCUCAUAUUAAGUGAGACAAACCAGACUGGCUUUCAAGAAAUUACCCAGAAAAUUAUUUCACAAGGUGAAGAUUAGUCUCUUGAAAAAACAAAGCGUGACACAACCCAUUCUUCUUGGAAAAAGUUUGAAAAGAGACGGGAAGAGGCAGUUUUGUGACAACUGCAAUUGUAAAACCACUUCCCCUGCCGUGUCAGGAACAGGGCAGCCCCUCCACUCUGUCCCCUCUCCAGCCAGUAGCCCAUUUCCUCCACUGAGGGUUCAGUCAAACUUGUGUGAAUGACAUCAGUUCGGGCCCUGGGCUGGGAUACAAAAGCAGCCCGAGGUCCAGGAGAGGCCAGCUCAGAACCCACGGAGGUGGUUAAGAGUUUCUUUAGUGUCAUCCUUCCCGUCGUCCAGGGGCCCCGGGUUCUGAUCUAUACCCCUCUUGACCUGGCUUCACUGCCAUCGCUAGACACUGUCCUGGACCCACUGCCAGUGUAGACAUCCUUAUUAUCCCAAACCUAGUGACAGCGGUUCCACUCUCUAACAUAAAUGCUGGAACCAUCCCUGGUACCUCUAACAUUUCCUAUCACCCCUCUGACCUGGCUGGAAUUCCAGACCUGUGACCUGACUCCCCCCACCCUCCAGUCUCUGGCUGUUGUCACAUGUCCCCUCACAUGGCCACCUCUGGCUACUAGAAGAUCUAAUCCUGACGUGUCAUAUUCCUGCUCUGCUCUGAUCCUAACUAUUCUGAGCCCCUUCAUCACGUGCCCCAUCUCAAACAGGUCACUCGGACACUCUAUCGGCGGAAACACUGUUUAAAGAUGAGAGAAGAGGCUUAUGAAGUUGUUUCUGGGUCUCCGAAAACCCAUGACCCGAUCAGGUUUCCCUAUUUUACUUUCUGCUAUCCCCACCAGCCAAUUUCUAGGAACUGUUUUAUUCAAACCUCCUCCUCCCUCCCCCACCAUCUGUUUGCCAACACCCCCUACAGGGUCUGAGUGCCCCCCUCCCCGCCGCCAGUGGCCUUCCCAACACCUGCAGUACUCUUAACUUUGGAAACGUUUGGAAAUCCGAUUCUUAGAUCUGACUUCAGAAUCAGUCUUUAGGGAUGAGGUCUAAGAAUCUUUAAUCCUAUAUGGGAUCAUCAGGUUGUCCUGAUUUGGGCCUAGAGCUCUUCAACUCUCAGUCCCAGAAGCCAAGGCACCGACAGACAUCUGGCCAGGGCUCAGCCAAGCACCCCAGCGAAGUGCUCACAAGGCUUUCCUUUGAACAAAGGAAACCAAUUCCAGUUUCUUUGCUGAGGACUGUCAGCCACUUGUACUUGCUCAGUCUCCCGAGAUUUGAAUCUUGAACUUCUAAAGUCUAUUUUCUCUAAUGCUGGGAAGACUACUUUUUUGGGGUAGUUAAGUCCGUGAAAAUCCUUCUCACUAAACCUCACAAGACAGCUCGGCUCCUAAUGCUGCCGAGCUCCAUAAGUAAGCCUACUUCUCGUUCCUGACUUACAGAAACCCGACUCAGCCGCGUCCUCAGAGCCACCAGUCUGCCCAAGCUAGUGACAGUACUGUAGACUGGGACCAAUAUGAGGGAACAAAAUAGCUCCUCACCACUCUUCUGGAGAAACUCUUGUUGACAAAAACCUUGUAUUUUUUCCCCCAUAUUCAAUCUCACAAGCAAGCCAGGUGGUCCGAUUAGUUACUGUAUGUAGCCCUUACCUUAUUCUUAUCACUAUAUUCUUGGGACCCACUAAAGUGAGCAUGUCAACAGAUAACUUACAUCAAAAAUGACAGCAACCACUAACUGCCCCGAAUAGUAAGCCCAGUGCACAGUAUGAAGACCAGGGGUAGAUAAGUCAGAUGGAUCCAGACUUGAAUUCCGACCACCACUCACUGGAUGGACAUGGGCAAGUCACUUGAGAUGUCUGGGGGUCAUGGGGCGCCUGGGUGGCUCAGGCCAUGAUCUCAUGGUCGUGAGCUGGAGCCCCGCAUCAGCCAUGCUCAGCGCGGAGCCUGCUUGCGUUUCUCUCUCUCCCUCUUUCUCAACAUAAUAGAUAAAUAAAUAAAAGAUGUCCGGGGCUCAGGUUCUUCGCCCAUAAAAGACGGUGGGACGGGGACAUCACUGACAGUCACC